UCUUGAAUCUCGAUCUCCUCUUAAAGACAAACUGGACGAUGCGCGCUGAUCCUACCAGAUAGGAAAAAGGCUUUAAACGGCAACAUUAUAUGAAUGGACACUAUGUCUUCCCUUCAUCAUGGCGCUAUUUUUACUGGAGUAUUUCUCAUUGUCACCGGCGGCUCCACCACGUUUCUAACUUCUAGUCAAAGUAGACUCCAGGCGUUCAGUAUGUGUUGUGUGGUGCUCGGGGCGGUGAUGCUCAUAUUAGGACUCUUCUGGGCGAUGAACAGUCAGAGAAACCCUGUGCCUUAUAAUGAAGAAUAUAACCAAGAUUACAGUCAAGCCCUAUUCACACCACCGGCCGGAAACCUCUUCCCUGAACCCCAGUCCAUCUUUCUGCACCGGACUGUGCAGAGGCGAGGUGUGUAUGGUGAGGAUUUGGACUAUCCCCCCAUGGAGCCAACAUGUUUUAGCCCUACCAGCCGGGUUCGGCCCCCUCACUGGGACAUGGAACCUCCCCCACCUUAUGAGGUGGCCAUCAAAACCACUAGAAGCUCCACACACCUGAGACGCAGCUACUCGGAUACACAGCUAAUCACUGAACCACUCUUUGGACGCUCACGAGAGAUCAGUUUCGAGGUUUAA